AUGGCAUUGGAGUGGCCAGGUCUGGGCCAGGACCAUCUCAUUUGUAUUCAGAAGCAUUUCAAAUCACCUUUGCAUUUGGAUGCUGCGUUUGAUGUCGAUUUGGGUGCUGCCGAGUUUAUUCAUGCAAUUUUUCCUGACAUGGUUGCUGAAGAAGUCAUGGACAUCGUGGCAACUCUGAUGGUUUGGAAGGAUGCCAAUGGCAGGUCAUGCAAGCGUGCCAGGCGUCAGGUUGUAGACCAUGUGAUGUUUCUUCCAAUUCAGUCGGGACCUCACACAGUUCAAGAUGUUUACAAGCGGUUGGUUCAGACCAAUGUGGUUUCUUUGAUUGAAGCACAUACAAAGAAGCGACAGAAGAUUCACAGGCUAGAAGCUGAAUCUAGAGCGAAACGUGCAGACGUUGAACGGAAGAAGUACACAUCACUUCUUGCUCAAGUGAUUGUUGAUGCUGAUUUGCCAGUGGUGGCAUUGAUCAGAACCUUGGAUGAUCAUCAGCAGGGAUGGGUCCACCUGUUCGGAACUCGGAGGUGCAAUACACUGAAGAAUCGAUACAAGUCAUGGAGACCAUUUGUAGUGUGGUUGGAACUUCACUUUGGUCGCAAGUUUCCUGUCCAGUUGAAAGACAUCAUAGAUUACAUUCAACAUCGUGUAGAUGAAGGUUGUGGUAAGACGAUUCCUGAAAGUUUCCAUACAUCACUGACACUGAUGAUUGAGCAGCUUGGUAGAGUUCCUGGAGGGGAGCGAUUAUCGGAUGAGCAGUUGUGGCUGGCCCACAUCAAGGCGUGGACAGCGGAGCUGGCGGCUGACUCCCCGCCGGUCAAACCUGCAGAGAUGUUUACAAUUGCAAUGAUUGAGUUCUUUGAUCAGCAAGCUGCUCAGCGAUUUACCUGUCCCAGGAAGCAGGGUGACAUGUGGGUGGCAAACACCGGAGGGCUGCUGCUACCGGAUGGCUUGGAUCAGGAAUAUUUUGAAGAUGAGGCGGUUGACAGACUUUGCAAGGCCGCAGAAGAUUCUGGGGCCAACCGCAACAGGAUUCGGAAGAAGCACAUGGUGUGCUCCAGCCUCUCUGGGAAAUUUUGUCUUGGGGGAACAUUCUCCACUUUGGAGGUCUUGCCAGAUGAUUGGUUCGAAAUUGGUGAGAACGAAGAGGAUGAGCUUACGUUGGCUGCGAACAUCCUGGAUCAGAAAACCAGAGAUGAGGCUACGUCAAAAGGGCAGUCAAAGUUCUUUGUCACCAUCUCGAGGCGCACAGCAUUUCGCAGGUUGCACCUCACUGGAUGUUUUGUCAAGCCGUCCAACUGCACUGAAGUCCGUAUGUUGGACGAAGUUACCAAUGAAGAUUUUGGCUCAAUCUGCAGAGCAUGCAAGAGGAAGAUGUUAGCUGAGAACGGGAAGGAUGUGAAUCCUGAGUCAAGUUCGACGGCAUCAUCGUCGUCCACAGGAAGUGCAGAUGACGUCGCAGGCUAA